AUGAUGAUGAUGAUGAUGAUGAUGAUGAUGAUGAUGAUGAUGAUGAUGAUGAUGAUGAUGAUGAUGAUGAUGAUGAUGAUGAUGAUGAUGAUGAUGAUGAUGAUGAUGAUGAUGAUGAUGAUGAUGAUGAUGAUGAUGAUGAUGAUGAUGAUGAUGAUGAUGAUGAUGAUGAUGAUGAUGAUGAUGAUGAUGAUGAUGAUGAUGAUGAUGAUGAUGAUGAUGAUGAUGAUGAUGAUGAUGAUGAUGAUGAUGAUGAUGAUGAUGAUGAUGAUGAUGAUGAUGAUGAUGAUGAUGAUGAUGAUGAUGAUGAUGAUGAUGAUGAUGAUGAUGAUGAUGAUGAUGAUGAUGAUGAUGAUGAUGAUGAUGAUGAUGAUGAUGAUGAUGAUGAUGAUGAUGAUGAUGAUGAUGAUGAUGAUGAUGAUGAUGAUGAUGAUGAUGAUGAUGAUGAUGAUGAUGAUGAUGAUGAUGAUGAUGAUGAUGAUGAUGAUGAUGAUGAUGAUGAUGAUGAUGAUGAUGAUGAUGAUGAUGAUGAUGAUGAUGAUGAUGAUAAAAAAGAGAAAAGAAUGA